UCUUUCGUUUUCGAGACAAAAACUGCACAAAUGCCAGGUGUCGCAAGGUAUCAACGAACUCCCAACUUCCCCUGUUACCCUUAUUUUCUCUUUAUAAACAGCCAUUUUGACAUAGGUGUCUUCUGAUUUAUCAGCAAUUAAUAAGACAGCUAGCUUUAGCUUACACCAACACAACUUUCACUUUCGUUGUGAUGACAGGGAGCUAGCUAGCAGCUAGCAUUAUCAGCAGCAGUGUAAAAAAAUGAUUUCCAUCAUUAUUUUAAUUGUUGCAAAUGCUAUUUCUUCGACAUGGGCAUCAGGUGAUGGAUGCAAUUACCAAAUAAAUGGAACUAAUGCGUAUAUUAAUCUCAAACCACUUGUGAAGAAUGUAAAUCUUAAUCCAAGAUUCAUUGCAAGAGAUACUGAAAAAUGGUACUAUGCAUUUCAGCCCUGUGGAAAGUUUAGCCUUUAUUUGAAUAUGUCUCUUCCGAACAAGCCAUGUAACCAAACAUCGACAGCACGUUUCUUUAAUGGAUCUCUUCAUGAAUGUGUUGGGCUUGGUAGAACCUGUGACUUUAAAGUGGAAAAACAUUAUCAUAAGCCUAUUGUUUCAAAUAUGACAUUAAAUUACAGGGAUGCUCUAUCGUCUUCAAAGGAGGGUAUGGUUAUAUCACUGAUAUGCAACCAUGCUCUGCCAUUAAACGAAUCUGAAUUUAAAUAUGUCAAUGUUUCUCGUGGUACUCAGUUAACUUGGUACUUUUCGCUUGAAAGUCGUUGCUGCUGUCCCAAUGGAUGUCCAAAUGAAUCUUCAGCAGCUCCAAAAAAAGGAAGCAAUGCAGUCUGGUACAUUGUUGGGAUAACGGCUGCAGUGUUGUUUGUUAUCAUAGUUGUGUUUAUUAUCAUAUAUGCAAAAUUUUACCCUUGUAGUAAUAAAGCUGAAAGGCAAAGGCUGUUGGAGGAACCUGCAUAAUAUGUGUUUACGUAGUUAAAAAUAUUUUUUAUUGUAAUCGGUUUAUACGUUUUAAUUAGAAGAAGUAUAAUUUGAUAUUCAUACUUAUAAAUAAUUUUUGUAUACUAACUACUGUGUAUAUAGUAAGAAUGGUAAUUUAGAUUAUUAGAUGUUUAUA